GUGUUUAUGUGUGAGCGCGCGUGAGUGAUUGAGUGCGCGUGUGCGCGCGCGCUUGUGUUGUCUGCCGACUCGCCUGACGUCACCGCUGGAACUGCCCUGUCACGCGCUGUUAGUAAAAGUUGGGACAGGAGCGCGAGACGGAGAGCAGCAGCGAAUUUACGGACGAGCUCGAUCAACGGUCGCGCUGACGCACAGCGCUCCCCCCCACACCCCCUUCACGCCACGGGCAAAAAGUUCAAGCCGCUGCGAGUUCGCUGAACCUCCGCAGAAGGUCGAAGAGUUUGGAUUAUUGUGAGAGAGAGAAGCAAUUAUAUUUCUGUCCGGGCUUAGAGAAGUACAGCACGGAGAAAAAGUUUAAAAGUUUUGCCUUUAUCAUUAGUCAAUGUAGUGAGUUUAUUAAAGAGUCGGCGUUCUUACACGGGUGAGCCCGAGCUGUCAAACCCGAUGACUACUGCAAACUGCCCCGGGAAUGAAGAGCUGGACUUCAGAUUGAUCUUCGGGGAGGACGGGCAGCAGCCGCCGCUAGGCCCCGCAGAUCUAGAAACGGAUGAAAACACAUCAUUUUACAUCCUCAAUGUGGGGCAACCUCCUUUAGUGGUGAGCCAAUCACACAGUCUCCAGCGGCAUGGAGGCCCUCCCCCAGCCAUCUCCCCCUACCUGCAGGCCCACCACAAGACCUAUGAGCCCAUCUAUGAGCUCCAGGACUCUAAAUACACGCCCACAGGGGUGGGCGGAGGAGGUAAUGGCCCACCAAAGACCUUUGAAUGUCCCAGCAUCCAGAUUACUUCCAUCUCCCCAAGCUGCCAGCAGGAGAUGGAGACCAGCGAGAAUGAGAUGAGAGCGAAGGGUCCGGAUGGAGACUACCACGACAGACCUCUGUCUCGAGACCACCUGUACCUGCCUCUAGAUCACUCGUAUCGAGAUUCAUCCUUGAGCCCGAGCCCAUGUAGCAGCCUUUCCUCUCGUAGCUGGUUCUCUGACGCAUCGUCCUGCGAAUCCAUCUCGCAUGUAUACGAUGACGUGGAUUCAGAGCUAAAUGAAGCAGCGGCCCGUUUCACCCUGGGCUCGCCACUCACCUCGCCCGGCUGCUCUCCACAGACUGGACCACAUGAGGAAGUGUGGCAACAGCAGCAGCAGCAGCAGCAUCAUCAUCACAUGGCUUUCACUCACUCUCUUUCUCAUUCGCAUGGCCAUUCUCUCUCGCCCCGCCAGUCGCCUUGCCACUCACCCCGUACCAGCGUCACAGAUGAGAACUGGCUUAGCCCUCGUUCACCCUCACGGCCCUCUUCACGUCCAACAUCGCCCUGCGGGAAGAGACGCCACUCCAGCGCUGAUAUAUGCUACCUGGGCUCUCUAUCACCCCAUCACUCCCCGACUGCCACGCCCGGCCCCUCGCCCAGGGGCAGCGUGACCGAAGACACCUGGAUAGGAAGCCCGUCUAUGGGUGUGUCCUCUUUCCAGUGUUGUCCCUCUGAGGCUGACAUCCCCUCCAAGACAAGAAAGACAUCCCAGGACUGUUCAGGAGCAAUCCAGUCAGGAAAGGGCGACCUGGGCAUGGAUGACUCUGGGAAUGUAUCUCCUUUGCUUGACUCACCUGCUGAGGAAGCCAUGCACGGAUUAAAGAAGGAUGGAUCUGGAGAGCAGUUUCUUUCUGUCCCAUCUCACUUCACAUGGAACAAACCCAAACCAGGACACACACCUAUUUUCAGGGCGUCAUCCCUGCCUCCCCUGGACUGGCCGUUGCCGAAUCAGUAUGGGCAGUACGAGCUAAAGAUCGAGGUUCACCCCAAAGCUCAUCACCGAGCUCAUUAUGAGACCGAAGGCAGCCGAGGGGCCGUCAAAGCCACUUCUGGGGGACACCCUGUCGUCAAGCUCGUUGGCUACAAUGAGAAGCCGGUGAACCUGCAGAUGUUCAUCGGGACAGCGGAUGACCGUUAUUUGAGGCCGCACGCAUUCUACCAGGUUCACCGCAUAACAGGAAAAACUGUCGCUACGGCAAGCCAGGAAAUUAUCAUCACCAGCACAAAGGUUCUGGAGAUUCCUCUCCUUCCUGAAAACAAUAUGUCUGCCAGUAUUGAUUGCGCUGGAAUCCUGAAGUUGAGGAACUCUGACAUUGAGCUGAGGAAGGGAGAAACUGAUAUUGGACGGAAAAACACUCGGGUCCGUGUGGUGUUCCGGGUUCACAUCCCACAACCCAAUGGAAAAGUGGUCUCACUGCAGACUGUUUCAAUUCCAGUGGAGUGCUCCCAGCGCUCAGCACAGGAGUUACCUCAGGUCGAGAAAGCCAGUAUUAGCAGUUGCCCAGUGAGUGGAGGAGAGGAAAUGGUCAUCAUUGGUUCCAACUUCUUCCCCGAGUCAAAGGUCAUUUUUCUGGAGAAAGGUCCUGAUGGACGACCGCAGUGGGAGGUGGAGGCAAAGAUCAUCAGAGAGAAGAGUCAAGGAUCUAGCAUCAUGGUGGAGGUGCCUCCUUAUCACAGUAAGACGGUCACUUCAGCAGUGCAGGUGCAGUUCUAUGUGUGCAAUGGCAAACGGAAAAGGAGCCAGUCACAGCGCUUUACCUAUCUGCCAGUCCGGGUCAAGCAGGAACAUAGAGAUGAUCUGGACUCCCCUGCUGUGCCGCCCAUGUCCAUGCCUCUGGUCCAUGCUGCCAGUUUGGUCUGUACUCAGCCGCUGUCCUCCCCAGAGCACUCCCACCCACCAGACGGCCUUCUGUCCAGCUCGCCACGUGGCCUGGCUGCAGGCCUGCACCCUCUCCAGGCCCCCUGCGCCCCAAUGGGCUCCCCAACUCUUCCCCACCUGCCCCACCUUCAGGCUCAAGGGCUGAAUGCACCUCCUGAAUGCCAGAUGCCCUUCCACCCAGGCCCUGCUGCCACUGCCAGGCUGUCUUACCCACCCAGCAAUGUUUGA